GGAGCUCUCUAAACAUUGAUUUCUUCUUCCCCCCCUCUCUCUCUCUCUGUCUCUCUCUUCGUGUUGUCGCUGGCUAGCGAUUGGGAGGAGGAACAAGAAGAAGCCCAAGAGGAGGUGAAAUUUUUGGGGGGGUUUGUGGGCGAAAUUAGGGUUUGGCGGGGGAGUUUCGUUGGGGGGCGAUCCGUAGAUCUGAGGUUGGGGGAGUUGGAAGUGGGAGAAGAUGAGCUUGGAUUCGGUUCCUUCCAAUUCACAUGGCAACCUCGAUGAGCAGAUUUCUCAGCUCAUGCAGUGCAAACCAUUGUCGGAGCAAGAGGUAAGGGUUCUAUGCGAGAAGGCUAAAGAAAUAUUAAUGGAGGAGAGCAAUGUUCAGCCUGUAAAAAGCCCUGUCACAAUAUGUGGUGAUAUUCAUGGGCAAUUUCAUGAUCUUGCAGAGCUUUUCCGCAUUGGAGGAAAGUGCCCGGAUACGAAUUACUUAUUUAUGGGAGAUUAUGUUGAUCGUGGAUAUUAUUCGGUCGAAACUGUUACACUCCUGGUCGCUCUGAAAGUGCGAUAUCCACAGCGAAUUACCAUUUUAAGAGGAAAUCACGAAAGCCGUCAGAUCACUCAAGUUUAUGGGUUUUAUGAUGAAUGCCUUCGAAAAUAUGGCAAUGCUAAUGUCUGGAAGAUUUUUACCGAUCUCUUUGACUACUUUCCGCUGACAGCACUGGUUGAGUCGGAAAUAUUUUGCCUACAUGGUGGAUUGUCACCAUCUAUCGAAACCCUUGACAACAUUCGGAAUUUUGAUCGUGUGCAAGAAGUUCCUCAUGAGGGGCCCAUGUGCGAUCUAUUGUGGUCCGACCCUGAUGACCGUUGUGGUUGGGGUAUCUCACCCAGAGGAGCUGGAUAUACCUUUGGCCAGGAUAUAUCCGAGCAAUUUAAUCACUCCAACAAUUUGAAGCUCAUUGCUAGAGCUCAUCAGUUGGUUAUGGAAGGUUAUAACUGGAGCCAUGAACAAAAAGUGGUCACCAUAUUCAGUGCGCCUAACUAUUGUUAUCGUUGUGGAAACAUGGCAUCCAUCCUCGAAGUAGAUGAUUGUAAAGAGCACACAUUCAUUCAGUUUGAGCCUGCUCCUAGGAGAGGAGAGCCGGAUGUAACCCGUAGAACACCUGAUUACUUCCUGUGACAUAUUUGCAUUGAGAAGCUAAGCUUAUCGUGGUCUUCGCUCGUGGGCUUUCAUAUACUAGGGUGUUCUUGAUUGUCUUUUGGCGCGAUGACACGCAUGCAUCUUGGAGGUUGGAGAAGAUGCCGCAGCAGGGGCUCACAUUUUGUAUCAGUGCCUUUAGAUUUCAAGUUUCUGUGAGAAUUGUGCGUUAGAGGCUGUCGAAGAGUGGCAUAUGUAGCAUUUCCAGGGAACAAUGUGGCACCCUAAGUUUUCUUUUUUGUAGUUCUCAUUAUAUUUUUCUUCUUUCUCCCUUUUUGUCGUUCUGUAGAAUUUACACUAGAGGACGUCGGAGCUUGUAGAGGGAUGACUUGACUUCUCUUAUAA